GUCCGCGCCGCGGCGGAAACAAUAGUGCGGAUCCCGGCGCGCGGGGCCGGACGGUAAAGCUCCCCUCGGAGCCGCUUAGGUGCGCCGGCCGGGUGCCCGGACGGACAGACGGACGGACGGCAGGCGGGACGGGCCCCAGGCCGCGCCGGCUGCCCGCGACCCUGGAGCGGCGCCCCCGGGACCCUCCGGUCCGCGGCUGCGGAGUCCCCGACGUGAGCCGACCCUUGCCGGGCGUCCGCGUCCCCACGUGCGUCUCCCCCCGCGGAGCCGGGGGCACUAUGAACGAAGAAGAGGAGCAGUUUGUAAACAUUGAUUUGAAUGAUGACAACAUUUGCAGUGUUUGUAAGCUGGGAACAGACAAAGACACACUCUCCUUCUGCCACAUUUGCUUUGAGCUGAAUCUCGAGGGAGUUCCAAAAUCUAAUCUUUUACAUACCAAAUCGUUGAGAGGCCAUAAAGACUGCUUUGAAAAAUACCAUUCAAUUGCAAACCAGGAUUGUUCUCGAUCCAAGCUGUCCAAAAGUACUUACGAAGGAGUUAAAACCAUUCUGAGUAAGAAGAUAAACUGGAUUAUACAGUAUGCCCAAAAUAAAAACCUGGAUUUGGAUUCUGAGUGUUCCAAAAGUUCCCAGCAUCACCUGUUUAAUUUCAGGCAUAAGCCAGAUAAGAAAUUACUCCCCCAGUUUGACUCUCAAGUGCCAAAGUACUCUGCAAAAAGGACAGCUGGAACCAUAGGUGGCAUCUCAAGCUAUACGCAAAGAAUUUUGGAGCAGAGGGAAAAUACGGACUUUGGGCUUGCAGUGUUGGAAGACUCAGCUACAUUAUGGCCUCACAGUCACACCCAGGCACAGAGAACAGAAGAGACAAGCUCUGGUCCAGAGGCAAAUGUCCAGACCCAGAAUCCACAUUAUAGCAGAGAACAAUUGAAUUCAAUGACUCUUGAUGAAGUAGAACAACUGAAUGCAAAGCUCCAGCAGCAAGUCCAGGAAGUCUUUGAAGAGUUAGCACACCAAGUGCAAGAAAAGGACUCUUUGGCAUCAGAGCUUCAUGUCCGUCAUGUCGCCAUCGGUCAGCUCCUCAAGAACUGUUCCAAGCUACCAUGCCUCCAAGUGGGACGUGCCGGAACAAGGCCACACCUGCCCGUGAACGACUGAACUAAGCAGAGUGGCUGUGCUUUAUCAGCUGUUGGUCUGCGAAGCAUGUGUACCUAGAAAACGUGUGGAGAACGUUAUGGUCCAUUUUAUGGUUGUACUUGCAAAACAUAAGAUAAUAUUUAUUAUCUUUAUCUAAUAAAGCAGAUCACUCUAGUCUAGGGUUAAUCAUUUGGCUUCAUUUGGAGAUUUUUUUUUUUCUUACAAUUACUAAAUGACCCUAACUUUUACCAUGUGUGACUACUUUAAUAUACCGUUACAAUAUGUUUUUAUUGAACAUUUUUUAUUGUAACUCAGCUGUCAAAACAAUGGAAGCCUAAUAAGGUCUUAUGUUAGUCCAAACUACUAGAAAUAAUUUUAAGAGGGAAGUAGAAUUCAUAAUAUCACCUUAUUUAUGAGCAAUAUUUUAAUAUAAAUUUUAUAUAUCAAAUUGCUAUUUUGGGUAUUUUUCAUUGUCUUUAUAAAUGUGUGUUUGCACUUAUGUGUGAGUAUGUUCAUCUAUAGGAAGAUCACUGCAUUUGGGGGAUACAGUGUUUUUUGUAACUGUUAUCUUCCUUUCUAAAGAUAAACAUGUUUUGCAUAGUAUUUGGAGAAGCAGUCUACCUAAUAAGCUCUUUUAACUAAUAAGAACAUAUGCAAGUGGAAUUAAUGACUAAAGCAAAUAUCCAAGUAAAUGAAGUGUAUUACUGUUUUCUAAUGAAAGCAAUUCUGAAUUAGCCUAGGAAGAAAAUACAAUUCUAGUUUUUGUGUCUCCGUCUCCAUAAAAGUAGAAGCCCCACUUUGCUUUUUAUCUCUCAUGACCCCCUUUGAUUGUUAGGUUUUGGACAAAGUAGUUCAACUCUCAGCCCCGAGCCCAGUGUAACUCCUGUCUCCAAAUUGUACUUGUCCUCUUUGGGGGAAAAACAAAAUUAUUAUGUGUGCCACUUCCACAAAAUUUCAAGAAUCAGUUAGCUGUGCACAUUCUGCUUUCUGCUGUCAACAUCACUGAAACUAGUCGAAAGAAAAGAAAGAAAGAAAGAAAGAAAGAGAGAAGGAUUUUAAGGUACUUUUCUAAAUUUUAAAAUCUCAAGGGAUAGGAGAUUACAGAACAAAAGAAGACCAAUAUUCAAUUCAAUAAAAUAAGCCCACUUUUAAAAGGAUAAUAAGCUACUUUAGUUCCAGAUUCUUAACUAAUAAAUUACCUCAAGAAGUUAGAUAAAUGUUAAUGAUAAAAUAAAAGCUAUAACUAAUUCAAUAUUAAGAUGGACUCUGGAUUGUUUUUAGCUGGUGCUUAGAAUGUAUUUGUGUGGUAGGGUUUUUGUUUUGUUUUGUUUUGUUUUGUUUUGUUUUGUUUUGUUUCUUGCAGAAAUCUAAGGAAAGAAAGCCCAUUGACUUAACAGCUUCAUACAUGAAGAUGACUUCUACCUUGAAGUUGGCAGUCUAUAUUUGGGCAAGGGUCACACUUUAAUAUUGAACACAAAUACUGUUUGACUAAAGAAAUGCUUCACUGUAAAAAAAAGCACCUUUUCCUAAUGUUAAGAUGUAGUAAAUUGGCCUGGGUUUGUGCAUUAGUUGAUAUCCAAUUGUUUUUGCUUUUACCUAUAUUAAACUUCACAUUGAAGCUUUUUGGAGGGAACUUUUGGGGGAAAAAAAACUUUUUAGUUUCUUCUCAAGUUCUUUGAGUCUUCCGAGAUGAAUUUAAAGUAUGGAGAGUGGAGAGAAAUGCAUUGCCUUAGUUUUGAUAAGCUUUAACUUGAAUGUGUGCAAUAUAGAAGGAUCCACAUUUGCAAGCUGGGUAAAGACUUGUGCUGAUUAUGCCAGUAAGUAUUUUAGUGCUUCGUCGUCAUGGUUACAUUUUCAAGUUUGACUGCACUCGUUUGGCCUAACACAUGAAGAAUGUUGUCAGCCAGUGUACCGCACACAUUUGUGCUUCUGUCUGGAUGGUAUAAAGGCAGUCAGGGCAGCGAGAGGAGUGUAAGAUCCUCAGUAGUGUGGGGGGGGGGAGGGGGGGUACUUAGUGUAUUUCUGUCACAGGAGACAUAGGGUGCGAUCCUAAAAACCAUGUUAUCCAACGACAGCGUUUGCUUGUCUCUUUAAGGAGUUUUCUGGCAAACAUUUAGUUUCCUAAUGAAUUUGGAAACAUUGGACUUUUCUCACGUACUAAGGUCUUAAUUGGGACCUGAUUCAUUUCAUUUAGAUAUUUCUCCAGAAACAUCAAAGGAAUGGUGCUCCUCAGUCUCGCUGGUGCUGGUAGUAACACUUGUACUCACUCAGAAGAAUUUUGGAGUAUAAUCUGCUCACCAGUUACUUCUUGUGGGGGUGUUUGUUUGUUUUUAGACAGGGUCUUGCUGCAUAGCUUUGGCUAGCCUAGAAUUCUUGGACCAAUUACAGGCUGGCCUGUAAUUUGUGGCAAUUCUUUUGCCUCAGGAGGAGAUCAGGUUCUGUGAUUCAGGUGUCUUCCCUACACCUAGAUUCAUAUGCUCUCCUGAUUGAAUUUGCAAUUACUGUAUAUGCAGAAAUAAGGAUGGGGAUAGUUAAUUCCAACUUAGGGGAUAGGAGCUAUCACAAAUAGUGGUUCCUACAUUUGGUUCUUUCUCUGAAGUUGUCACUAUGUUUUGAGAAAGUUCAGAAGAAACUCACAUAAGAUUUCUUUUUUCUUUAAUAACAGAAGGCAGACAGCUAGUGAGGCAUGCAUUUCAGAGCGCCCAUGACCAUGAGAAGUGAAUUUUCUCAUACUAGAUCGUAGUUGAACAAGAUGACUAUUUUUAAAAUGAGAAGUCAGAUGUGAUUAUUAACAUGAGUUUUGUCUUUAAAGAUUGGUGUUUUUAUGUGCCUAGCAUCCAUCAGGCCCUGGGCUCAAUUCCUGUCUCCAUAGGAAUUAAAAAAGGGUUUGGGUUUGGAUUUAUCAUGUUGCCCAUGCUGGCCUCAAGCUCAGUGUCGAUCUUCCUGCUUCAGCCUUCUGAAUGUGGGGGACUGACAUACACUGCCAUGCCUGGCUUAAACGUUUUAUAUUGUCCAACCUGUUACAUUUCUCCAGAGAUUAUCUUACCCUCGUAUUAAUUUCUAAAUUAGUUCUUUGGAAAAGGUAUUCACUUGAGACACCAUGCUGGUGAUCUCAGAUUUGUUUCGUUGUGCGAGUCUUGUGUGCAGUAUUGGAGUAAAGAGAAGACCUUCAGUUUCCAAACUACAUGUUCGGUUCACCAUAAAGUGCCCAUUUUUAUAAACAUUUAAUGAUUAUUUUUCAAAAUGUGUUCGUGUUGGCAAGCGAUUUCAGGAAUAUUGUUGAAAUAUAUUCCAUUGCCAUCUUGAUGAGUGCUUCUGAGUCCUUGGUCUUGAAUAGUAUCUGUAUCAUAUCUGCUGUUAAAAUGGCUUUUACCUUUGUUUUUUUUAUACAGUACUUACCUUGGUGUUUUGUCUGUGGAGGCCUAUCAGUUUAUUGUUAAUUUUCAAAGUGAUUCUUUUGAUCUGUUUGUGUUAAUGUGUACCAGUUUGGGUUUUAGUUUGUUUCUUUUCAGGAGAAAUCUGUUUAUUAACAUUGUAUGUAACACAAAACAUUUGUGCUCAAAACUUCGGAAUUUUAAAGAUCUCUAUAGCUUUUUAAAGGGUUCAGAUUUGUGAGAAUGAAAAGUAAUUACAUGUACAUGAAAUACUUUAAUGGUAAAAUAUAUUGUUCUUUUCAAAGUUUUUGUUUGGUUGGGUUUGGUUUUUUUGGGUUUUGUUGUUUGGUUGGUUGUUUUACUUUUUUUGACAGUUCAUUUAUUGACAUGUUAUUAUUGUUCAAGCUAAAACAAUAUGUUUGCUUUAAAACUUCAUGACUAUAAAAAUUUUAUAUACCCUAAAGAUACAGUAUUAAAGCAAAAACUUUAUUUGAUUCCAUUUUUACCUUGAAUAGAAUUUUUUUUUUUUUUGAGGAAAUUUGACUGAAAAAAAAAAUCACUGACGGAUGGAGCCCGAAAUAACUACCCUUGCCCUGGUAGAGCCUUGUGGUGAUGGGCUGGGGAGAGUUUCUCUGCAGGAGUGAUGGGGCUUUGUGAGGAGGGGAGGGCACGCGGGGGCAAGGAGAAUGUGACUUUGCCCUGCAUUUCAGCGUUUUCAUUUCUUUCUCCUGCGUCAGUCCUGACCUCAACAACCUCAGGCUGCACCUACCUUGAUGUGACCCGGAUCGUCUGGGUCUGGAACAUUCAGAUUUUUAACACUUAGUUUGUAAAUCAUAUUUUCACUACUACUUUUAGUUUAAAGGAGGCUGUUAUAAUUAUUUAGUAAUUUUCCCGCAAUUUCAAGUUUACCAGCUUGUAUCAGAUGUACUUGGUUAAAGUUGCGGGAAGCUGCAUUUGCCUCUGGAAGUAAUGGGUUUAGUUUUUGUUUGUCUGUUCGUUUUGUUCGUUUGUGCUUUCUUUUCCCCAUCCUACUGCCUCCAGAAGAGGUGGUUUAAAGUGUUCAGCAGUGAUGUGUGUGUGUGUGUGAGAGAGAGAAUGUGUACGUUUUUGUAUGUGUGUGUAUGUGUGAGAGAGACAGCAUAUGCCGUAGACGUUGAGCUUCAGUCUCUACUGUUAGAAGCUUUUUUAUACAGUUGUGCUGACAUUUAGAAAAUAAAAGUGAAACUGCUGUGGUAAGAGCUUAUGUUUGUUUCAAAAAAGUUUAUUUAGUCAUCUGGGUUAUAUGCAAUUUAUAUAUUUGUAUUCUGCUUUGGAACUGUAACUAGAUAAGCUUGUCUACUAUUUUUAACUUUGCAAUAAUAAAACAAGUAUUUUGUUAUCUA